UUCGUCAUUUAAAUUUUGCAUUACAUUUAAACAAAAGCUGAAAUCACAAGUUUCUACAAAAGCAUAAUGAAUUGAAUCAAAUUUUAAAUAAUUGAAGAAAUUCAUAUUAUAUUUUGUUCUAUAAAUAUGGCAAAUCAUUAUGAAGUUCCAAAUUGGGCUGGAAAACCCCCUAUUGGCUUACAUUUGGAUGUUCUAAAGGGUGAGAAACUAAUUCAGAAAUUAAUGGUAGAUGAAAAAAAGUGUUACCUGUUUGGUCGCAAUCAACAAUUAAAUGAUUUUUGUAUUGACCAUGCAUCUUGCUCAAGAGUUCAUGCAGCUCUUGUGUACCAUAAACAUCUAAAUAGAACAUUUUUAGUUGAUUUAGGAAGUACUCAUGGAACUUAUAUUGGUAGUAUGCGUUUAGAAUCACAAAAGCCUACCCAAUUACCAAUUGAUAGUGGUUUUCAUUUUGGAGCAUCCACACGUUAUUAUGUUAUCAGAGAAAGACCACAAACUGGAAUAAGAGCAAUAAUUGAUGAACUGGAAAAAAAUAACGAUGAUCAAGAUACCGGUGGCUUGCUAGGAUUACCUGAAACCGAAACCGAACUUGAUAAUUUAACAGAAUUCAAUACUGCUCAUAACCGAAGAAUUUCUAUGUUGGGUAUAACCGAUGAUGAAAUUCAUAAAACUACAAGAAAACGUAAAAAAAAAGGUAUUACUUUUAAUGAUGACGAAGAAAUUAUAAAUCCUGAAGAUGUUGAUCCAUCUGUAGGUAGAUUUCGUAAUUUGAUUCAAACAACAGUUGUUCCUAGCAAAAGAAUGAGAAUGGAAGGUGGAUUAAUAUCUCUCUCGGAAGAAACAACCAAUUCUAUAAAGCACAUGCAACCAACAUCUGCUGUACAACCACUAUACCAUAAUUUACCUCCAGAACAAUUUUCAUCUACAUCUCAGAAUCUAUUUUCAAUUGCCUUAACAUCAUUAACAUCAAGGUUAGGCAUAGGAUUACCAAAUCCAGCACCUGAAGUAGAAAUGAUACCUAACCAAAUACAAGUAGAACCUGUACAUGCUACUGAAGUUAAUGGUUCGAUAGAACCUCAUUCAAUGGAACCAAAAAAGAAAAAAUAUGCAAAAGAAGCAUGGCCAGGAAAAAAGCCAUUGCCAACUCUUUUAGUAUAACAAAUAACA